GCGGCGCAGCGGCUCGGCGCAGGCUGCCCGGGGCCUGCCGGAUCCACCGGCGCGGCCCUCGCGCGCUUCCUCCGCUUUCACCCGUCUGUGCGCUCGGACCCGCGCUGCCAGAGAAAACUCACCUGCCGCCAAGAUGGGCGAGUUUAUCCCCCCGGCGCCUCUAAUGCCUCGCCCUAAGAGAGGAAGGACUCUCUACUCAGUGGCUGGUUUGCUGCCAGUAGGGAUGGGGAAGUGCAUUAAUUGUUUCCACUUGGCCUCUGUUUAACAUCACUUGUCUGGCCGGCGCUGACCAGACCUCGCUGAUUUAUUUUUUUCAUCCUGCCCGUGUGAGCUGGAGCGUUUCUGUGCUCCAGCUGUGACCUGCAACUCAAAGUGUAGCUGGAGAAGCAAAUCAAAAUAAGUUUGAGGCACGUCAUAUUAUUCUGAACAGGACAGAACGCGGCCUGGCUCAGCGUCCACUGAAACGCAUUAGUCUUUACACUUCUGCUUUCGAGGCAUCAGAAGUGACUGAAAGCUGCGCUUGGCCGACUUCAGCUUGUUUUAUACUCGCUGUUGACAUUGUUAUGAUCUGUCAUCUGUCACAAAUUGCAAACAUGCUCCUCGCAAACAACACGCCGAGCAGCUCAACAAGCGUCCUGCUUUGUGUAUCAAAGAUCUGACCAGAUGGCAGACAGCCAUCGCCAGGGGCACUUUGAAUCCCGUCAUUGUAUCUUAAAGCUGUUGCCCAGUGAUCUAUAGCUGCUGCUCGGCCACAGCAAGUGUGUUAGAGAUUUUAAUGCCUUAUUCACCGAGUCAAUCAUGGUCAGUCAUGAGAACAUGACUCCUGGAGUGUGAGCGCUCUGGUACUAUGUGUCAGAGAGAGAGGGAGCGGGAGACGGGGCAGACGGGCGAGCGAGAGCGAGGGAGAUAGGAGUCGAUGGAUGGACGGAUGAGCUCAGUGAGAAGCAUAAGGAGGGCUUGUUCUCGUCACAAAAGAGCUGGCCGUAGGCUGGAGGAAAUGCCAGUUACAAACACGACUGAUGUCGACAGAUGCCUAUGAAUCAACAGGCUAAGAAUCCCUCCUGACCACAAGCUCUGUAGCCUCAUCCACACAGGAUGGAGGCGCCCUUUCUCUUGCGUCCCUUCGCUUGAUGGCGUCCCCUCUGCAGCUGACAUACUCAUUCCUAUGGCAGGUCGUACGACAGAGGAACGUGAAGCAGUACGGGAAAGUGGAGGAGUUUGUCACCAUGGUGACGCAGACGGUUCCCGAGCUCAUGAGUUUCAAGCAAACUGCUCAGCUCCUCUUGGGGCUGAGAGCAAGGAUCAUUUUGGAUUUACUCCAAAAAAAAGGCCCACCUGAUUCCCGGGCUAUUCAAACUCUCAUAAACAAGUUGAAGGUUUCUUCAUCUUCAGUGAAGGACACAGAAGUAGAGAAGUCUCAAACGAACUUUAUGGUGUUAGUCCAGAAUCUGCUUAAGAACCCUGCUGAGCGAAAGCAAUUCUUCCAGGAAGUGUUCCCUGUUCAGUAUGGUGUAAAGUUUGACACAGCACUGCAGGCUCUGACUGCAGGCCUGGUAUGCAAGCUAGAGCAGCUUCUUCCCGUCCCCAAUCUUUCCCAGCUUGGAGCCAUGAUCUCAGUGGAGCCUACUGUAUUUGAGGCCUGUGGAAACCUCAUUCCCGAUCAUAAAGACCUGAAAUCUCUGCUUCUACACCAGCAGGCAAAAGGACUCCUGGGUGUUAAAGCGACUGUCUCAUCUUCUGUGGGCGACUGUGUGCUUUCUUCACUCGCCUUUCGGCCAAAACCAGCAGAACCACCACCGCCGCCGCCGCCACCACCAGAAUCCCCAAAACCAUUCGAAUUAACACUCAGUGAAACAAGCCCAGCCUCCUUUAGUGAUGCUGAAGAUUUGGGAGUGAUGUCUGAUGACCCAGACAGCCCACAGACCCCUGCUGCUAGAUCGCAGCGCAAAGGAAGAUACAGCGAUAAAAAAGCUGAUGGCAGUGCAAAGGAAAAGAGUGUCCCAGCAGCACCUCACAAGGAGAACAUAGUUCAGGAGAAAAGCUCAACACAUGAGGAGUCUGCUGCAUCUGUAGAAAACAGAGAAGAUGACGAUGCGUCGGCAGCGACAAAGAAAGCAGAUCUCCAGCAGGUGUCUUUAAAGUCAAUCCCAUUCAGGGUGGUUCAAGUGCCGAUCAAACCAGGUCCCACUGUGCAGAAUACCAGUAGUCCAGGAACAAAAGAUGGCCAAAAGCCCAAUACUCAGCGAGUCACAUUGCAUCAGUGGGUGUCACACAUUGCCACUAAUUCACUCUCACUCCCGGCCCUGCCACCACUUCCUCCAAUGCGUCUGACCGCGUUCGAUGACCUGAAGCCAAGCAUAAGGCGAAAAAAGCAAAUCAGGCCUCCGGCAGAUCGAUUCACUUGUGCCGUGUGUGACAAAAGCUUCCCUUAUCAGUCCAAGCUGCUGGACCAUGAGCGCAUUCACACUGGGGAGAAGCCUUUCAGCUGCUCGGCAUGCAACAAAUGCUUCAGAACACAGGCCUUCCUCAACAAUCACCUGAAGACACACAGCACGGCACGCCCAUAUGCUUGCGGUCAGUGUGGAAAGUGUUUCACCAAACUGCAGAGCCUGACCAAGCACAUGCUCGCCCACACCGGUCAAAAGCCCUAUUACUGCACCAUCUGCAACAAGGGCUUCACGCAGUCCACCUACUUCAGGAGGCACAUGGAGUGCCACACGAGCCAGAUGACGUUCCCCUGCAAGCACUGCAACAAGAGCUUCCCGACAGCGUUCAAGCUGUCAAACCAUGAGCGAUGGCACACUAGAGAUCGCCCCCACAUGUGUGAGCGCUGCGGGAAGAGGUUCCUCGUCCCCAGCUUGUUGAAGAGGCACAUGGGCUACCACAUCGGUGACCGCCAGUAUCUCUGCUCCCAGUGUGGAAAAACCUUUGUCUAUUUGUCUGAUUUGAAGAGACACCAGCAAGACCACAUGCCCAAAACAAAGAUCCCAUGCCCGGUCUGCCAAAAGAAGUUCUCCAGUAAGUACUGCCUGAGAGUGCAUCUGAGGAUCCACACCAGGGAGAGACCUUACCGUUGCUCCUUAUGCGACAAGACAUUCACUCAGGUAGGCAAUCUGAAGGUCCAUAUCCGGCUGCACACCAACGAGCGACCCUUCAGCUGCGACGUGUGCGGGAAGACCUACAAGCUGGCAUCUCAUCUGAAUGUCCACAAACGGACGCACACAUGCAAGAAGCCCUGGACGUGCGACACCUGUGGGAAAGGGUUCUCCGUGCCCGGCCUCCUGAAGAAGCACGAGCAGCUGCAUACGAGGGAAGAUAACCCUGACUUCUCUGGUAAACGGAGACACAGGGGUAAGCACAAGAAGCACUCCCUCAAGAGGAAGUAUGAUGAGGAGGAUGAGGGCAGUGAUGAUUAUUAGUCUGAGGAAAAUGUCAUAGUAAAUAGUUUAGAUCAUGGUUAUAUCACCAAUGUAGUUAAAGAAGGUCCAGAAAGCUACCCAGUAAGAACCUUGUCAGAGUAUCACAUUUUAUUGUAGUAGCGAUGAGAGUUUGAAAACAGUCAUUUGAAUGUUGUCUGGAUCAUUUUUGCCAGGUCAGUGCAUAGAAGAACUUGUAUUAUAUUUUGUUGAUCAUUUUGAUUUGAUCAUUUGAUCAUUCUUGGUUCCACUUGUUGUCCAGAUAAUUAGGCAUUUUUACCAAUAAAGACCAUUGUUUAAUCAUAUAUUAGUGCAGUUUUUCACUGUCUAAUUACACAAACUGUGUUGAGAUUAGGCUGUUACUUGAAGAAUUAAGUACUAAAGUACUAAAACUUUCUAUUAUUUCAGUCAUUAAUCAUUUCAGAACAAACAUGAGAUUUUAAAUAAACAAUAAAUCAUGUCAAGCUUGUAAAUUGAUGUCUACUGUGUAUCAAAAACCUUGUGUUUAGCAUAUCCUUGUGAAAACUUGUCCUAAAUCAUUUUAACCUUUCAACUGUAAAUAACUACACUGUUUUAAAGUUUUCAUUUUAGCAUGUUUUUAUUAAAUUUGUUUAAGGAUUCAGCCUUUUUUCUAACAGUAGUUGCAGCAUUGUUGCUGUAAUAUUGUUGAAUUAAUGCAAGAAACUGUUAACUGUAAGUUAGGUUUGUCACAGUAAUCAUUUAACAUUAUGUGCUGAGAUUAUUCUGAGUGUUACCUGACGGUUACUUGUCAUGUGAUGGGCAAACAUGUACAUAAACCAUUAAGUGAUGUACUAUUCUAUGUUUUCUCUUUGUUUUUAAUAUUUUGCAGAAAAAUAAACACACAAAAACCUGCUCUCUGA